UUAAUAUAUCAAUACAAAUUAUAAUGAUAAUGAUAAUAAUAAUACAAAAAGAAGAUUUAUUUAGCCAGGGUAGUUCAUUUAUUCAUUAUGUGAAUGUUCUUGUUUUGACUGUAUGAUCUGCAUCAUAAUGGAGCUUCUUUAUAGUAUUUUCAUAGCACACUCAUAUUUUUGAAAAUAAGAAAAGUAUAUAUUGUUAUUCCCAAAUAUUGUCCAAUAUGUAUCUACCCAGCUCAUCCAUUUCCUACAAUGUCUAACCUCCUCUCUCCCACCCCCUCCCCCCCAGAACCAGUUGAAGCAAGUUCAACCUUGAAUACUACAUCAGAAACAACAGAAACGCCAAGUUCAUCUAGUGCCCGAAACCCGAGUGAAAAUCAUCCAUCUAAAAAGAAAUUUCACCAAAGUAGUUUAAUGGAUUUGUUCCUCAGCCAACGAAGAGGGUCAAACCAAGGAUGCAAACCAGAUGCUCCUCAUGUUUCACUUGACAAUGACGAGGGUACAAGUGAAAGGCCCAAUGCUGAAGAAGAUGAUAAUGCUGUAUCUACUCAACCAGAUCAUGAAGAAUAUAAGCCUGGUAGUCCUGAUACUCCAUGUGUUUCACUGGAUGACGAUGACGAUGAAGCUGAAGAUGAUAAUGCUGUAUCUACUCAACCAGAUCAUGAAGAAUAUAAGCCUGGUAGUCCUGAUACUCCAUGUGUUUCACUGGAUGACGAUGACGAUGAAGCUGAAGAUGAUAAUGCUGUAUCUCAUGAAGAAAGGUCAAACAAUGAGGAAUCUCAUGUCAGGGAUACAAUUAAUGUAGGACAGGUUCCUGUACCUACAUCGGACAACAAUGCUUUCAAUCGCUUUCCAAACGAUCCAAAACAUUUUUCAGGAGUAAGCAUAACACCCAACGUAGUUAGACAGAUUCUAGAAAUGGGACCUUGCCAGCCUAACUUUGAUGCCAAUGACGAAUUUUCUUUUCCUCGGAAACAUGGUAGAGGCUUUCGCCGAGAGUGGUACUUUAGACACUUAAAGGAUGAAAAGAAGAAAGUCCCUCGAAAGUGGCUCAUAUAUUCUCCCUCGAGAGACUCCUUGUUCUGUUUAUCAUGUUGGCUCUUUGCAGACAGACACAAGAAAAAUUAUGACCCAACAUGGAGCAAAGUAAGUGGAUCCGGCUUUUCGAAUUGGAAAAAGGCAACUCUACGAAUUGAACAGCAUGAACAAUCUUCACUUCACAUGGAAGCAGAGGGUCAGCUGUCACUUACCCGACUGAGACUUGACAAAGGCAAAGCAGUUGAUGCUGAGCAAGUGAGGGCACAUGAAUGUCAGGUGCAGAAAAAUCGGAAAGUACUUUCUAGGCUAGUUGAUGUUACACUAUUUUUGGCCAAACAGAAUUUAGCUUUCCGGGGACAUCGUGAGAAUAUGAGAUCUGCUGAAACAGAACGCAACGAUGGCAACUUUUUAGAACUUGUGCGAUUAAUCAGCAAAUAUGACAGUGUAUUAGCUGCUCAUUUAUCUGAGCAAAGAAGUCAUUCAAUGUACCUCAGUCCACGAAUACAGAAUGAGCUCAUACAAUGCCUGCGGAAUUCAGUAGAAAGUGUCAUAAUGGAGGAAGUACAUGAGGCGGGAUGCUUUACCAUCAUAGCAGAUUCUGCUAUUGACAUAUCUCACACGGACUUACUUUCUGUAACCCUUCGUUACGUUACUUCUGACGGAGAUGUUGUUGAGAGAUUCAUUUGCUUUCAAGAACUACCUUCUACAAAAUCAUCCGUUCUGUUUGAGCAAAUAAACGAAUUUGCAAAGAAGCGUAACAUUUCACUCAAAGAUUGUGUUGGACAAGCCUACGACGGGGCAGCAAACAUGUCUGGUUCACUAUCUGGCCUUCAGCAAAGAAUAAAAGAAGUCAGUAACAAUGCACUCUAUGUGCACUGUUGUGCACAUAACCUCAAUCUUGUGAUAAGUAAUGCUGCAUGUGUCUCUCCAGUUGCCAAGGAUUUCUUUGGAAUCCUUGAAAAACUGUAUGUGUUUCUGACUAAUAGCCAUCCUCGUCUCGAGAAAUUCAAGGAAGCCAAAAGAAAAUUGUCAAAGGAGGUGCAAGACAUCCAGUUAAAACGACUAGUUGACACACGCUGGUCUUGCAGAAUUGAGUCUGUUCGUGCUGUCAAGGCAACAUAUCCAGCCAUUCUUGACACAUUAGAAGACAUCGAAGAAAGUGAGGGCAAACCCACGGAGGCUGCAGAAGCAAGGGGUCUCAUCAAUGCUCUUAGCAAAGUAGAUUUUCUUCUUCUGAUGAAUAUGUGGGAGGAGCUGCUUUCAACUACGGAUUCCCUGUCAAAAUACCUCCAAUCUUCAAAAAUUGACUUGAUCAGUGCUGGAGGUGUUAUCACGGCAACAUCAGAAGCAAUUGGAAAAAAUCGGACUGAGGAACACUUUGAGGAAUUGUACCGUAAAGCAAGAGUAGAAGCAGAGAAACAAGAAAUUGAUCCAGAUCUAACUACUGUACGACAAAGAAAACGGAAGGUUCUUUCAGGGGAACAAGCUGAAGAUCAGCCGAUUAAUGAUCCUGUUUCCAGAUUUCGAGUAGAAGUCUUUUACAAGGUAUAUGACUCUGUUUUGCAGCAAUUCAAAGACCGGUUUUCAGAUUUCAUGGAAACGGUCAGAGAUUUUUCUGCGUUAAUGCCAGAACAUUUCAAUGACCUCAAUGCCGAAAGAAGAGUCAAGAAGCUGGCUGAGAAGUACAAAGAUGUAGUCGACACGGAACAACUCAUGGCUGAAUACAGGACUUUCCGCCCUCUGGUUCAGAACACUGACGUGUUUGACAACAAUGAUAUCUAUUAUGCAGAAUUGGGAACAUAAUAUGUCAAAGCUUCUUCAAAGAGGAAUAAUAGAAGUACGUUAAUAGAAGCAUUGUCAUUACCAGAAUCCGUUGCUGAAAUCACCCGUUCCUUCUCAACUCUCGAACUCGUCGCGAAGAAUCCAUCAAUGAUGGCGAAUAUUCACAUUCCUGACUCUCUCGAGACCGAGUUUGAGCUGAGAGAACCUGAAAAGACACGACGUCGAAGGGAACUCGACUCGCCAUCGACUCUCCCAACAUCGGUCCCAUCAUCUAGUGCCGAGCAGCCAAGCCUGGGCCAGAACCCAUUCGGACCAUACUCAUGGCCUAUGUAUUCUGGUCAAUGUUUCUUGUGUCCCGCUGGUGUUCCUGGAGAAAGAGGUCCUGCAGGACCACAGGGGACUGCCGGAAGGGACGGGAGAGACGGACGGGAUGCACCGACAAGUCCACAAGCUCAAGAAACACCCGCUUCACCGAGCGACGAAAGAAACCCAACUGAAUCCCCCGGUGAUGCGGUAGUGCCUGCAGUAGGUAACAUGACAGGUCUACCUGGUGUCAUCUACAUUCGCUGGGGUAACGAUGUAUGUCCCGAAGAUGCAGAAGUCAUCUAUUCAGUGGGUUUAUCUUUGUUUGUGUUACAUUGCUUUGUGAUUUAUUCAGGUUCUAUCGGAGGUGCACACUACACUCAUGCUGGUAGCGGCUCAAAUCAUCUCUGCAUGCCGGACGAGCCUAUCUAUGACGAAGUAGAAACUUCCCUACAUACUGACCGAGCCCUACUAUACUCCUCUGAAUACCAAGUCAGUACAGGUCCUUCACGCAUACGACCUAUGCAUGACCACACUCCGACCUGUGCAGUCUGCAGGGCGCCCUCCGGCCGCUCCAGCAAACUUAUGAUUCCUGCCCGAAACGUAUGUCCUUCUCAAGAGUGGCGUUUAGAGUACGCUGGUUAUCUUAUGGCAGAGAAAUACACAAACAAGAGAACGGAAUUUAUUUGUGUGGACCGAGAGAUGGUUCCUAAAGCGGGGACCUGGGGGAAUCAGAAUGGUGUGCUGUUGUUCAUGACAGAAGUCCGGUGUCAGGCGGGUGGGGGCUUGGAUUGUCGACCCUAUAUCAGUGGUCAAGAAAUAACUUGUGCUGUCUGUACAAUCUGA